CUGUAUCAAAGCAUUUCACAUACAUUUUGUCCCGAGUGCUUUGUCCUAUCUGUAUUGUGUUCGCAGUCUCUGGUCAUCCCCUGUACUGUGUCUGCAGUCUCUGGUCAUUCCCUGUACUGUGUCCGUAGUCUCUGGGCGUCUCCUGUACUAUGCCUGCAGUCUCUGGUCAUCUCCUGUACUAUGUCUGCAGUCUCUGGUCAUCUCCUGUAGUAUGUCUGCAGUCUCUGGUCAUCUCCUGUAGUACAUCCGCAGUCUCUGGUCAACUCCUGUACUAUGUUCGCAGUCUCUGGUCAUCUCCUGUACUAUAUCCGCAGUCUCUGGUCAUCUCCUGUACUAUGUCCGCAGUCUCUGGUCAUCUCCUGUACUAUGUCCGCAGUCUCUGGUCAUCUCCUGUACUAUGUCCGCAGUCUCUGGUCAUCUCCUGUACUAUGUCCGCAGUCUCUGGUCAUCUCCUGUACUAUGUCUGCAGUCUCUGGUCAUCUCCUGUACUAUGUAUGCAGUCCAUUGGUUCAGAAUAUUUUUUUUCUUGUUUGCCUCCUCUA